UCUGUAAGUGGUACCUGAUGUUAGUCGGCCAGUGGCCCUAUCAGAAGUUGAAAGAGAGUUUGUCUUUUUUGACUUUCAUACUCAUUCUUGAUGCCAGUGCACUUGUUACACAGAUAGCAAGAUUUUUCAUAUGCGAUAACGCGGUAUGUAUUUAUGAAACUUUACCUCCACAUAUGCUGACAGUGAUGAUUCUGGUGAAAAUUUUCACGUAUCAGUUUAACAGCCGGAAAAUUAAAGAUCUCACAGAUCGCUUGUUCGUAGACUGGGAUAUGAUCCAAACUAAGGAAGAACACGACAUUAUGAAAAAGUACGCACAAAACGGCAGAUGGUACGCGUUGACAUAUGGCUCGUACGUUUACGUGUCUACCAUUUCAUUUACAACAACCUCUCUUGUGCCACGCAUUUUGGAUGUGGUAUUUCCAUUGAAUACUUCUCGCCCUGUAAUGUUAGCUUAUCCGGCAUACUAUUUCGUUGAUGAAAAUCAAUAUUUCUAUUAUAUUUUCCUUCAUAUGUUAAUUACCAGCAGUGUGUGCAUGACCGGAUUAAUUGCGCACGAUAGCAUGUUUUUCGUUUACGUCGAACACAUUUGCGGUCUUUUCGCCAUUGUUGGAUUUCGAUUUGAGCAUGUGUCAUAUAAACCUAGUGCUAUGGAAAAAAGUAUGAUCGAUUAUCCGGAUGCUGUGUAUCACAAGAAUAUUGUGAUUUCGAUUCACGCUCAUCGACAAGCUUUGCAGUUCGCUAAACUUCUUGAAGAUACCUUUACAAUAUCGUUUGCCGUGCAACUUCUGAUCGUAACAGUUGGCUUGAGCAUUACUUUAGUACAACUGUCGAUACAGUUGCACGAUUCAGCGGAAGCGAUGAGAUACUUCGUCUUCAUUAUUGCUCAAUUGUUUCACUUGUUCUGCUUAAGCUUCCAAGGACAAAAGUUAAUAAAUCACAGCCUCGAGACUUGCGACAAGAUAUAUCAGAGCUUGUGGUUUACCAUACCAGUGAAGGAACAAAGACUGCUCUUAUUCGCGAUGAAAAGAAGUCUCGAAGCUAGUAUCUUGACCGCCGGCAAGAUAUACGUGUUUUCUCUAGAAAGUUUCACAACGGUCGUGCAAAGCUCGAUGUCUACCAUCGCUCAUCGAUACAUGGCCAUGCCAGAAACUGAAAAUGAAGAUGUUCUGCGAUGCCCUGUCAGGUAUAAUCGCUCCGCAGACUGGGAUAUGUUCGAGACUAAGGAAGAAUACGACAUUAUGAGAAAGUAUGCCGAAACAGGCAGAUGUACUAUGGAAAAAAAUAUGCUCAAUUAUCCGGGUGCCGUUUAUCACAAGAAUAUUGUGAUUUCGAUUUACGCUCAUCAUAAGGCUUUACAAUUUGCUGAAUUUCUUGAGAGUACUUUUACGAUAUCAUUCGCCGUGCAACUUCUGAUCGUUACAGUUGGCUUGAGUAUUACUUUAGUACAACUCUCGAUACAGCUGCACAAUUUAGCAGAAGCGAUGAGAUACUUUCUCUUCAUUUUUGCUCAAUUGUUUCACUUGUUCUGCUUAAGCUUCCAAGGACAAAAGCUGAUAGAUCACAGCAUCGAAACUUGCGACAAGAUAUAUUGUAGCCCGUGGUAUACCAUACCCGUGAAGGAACAUAGACUGCUCAUGUUCGUGAUGAGAAGAAGUAUCGACGCUAGUGUCUUGACCGCCGGCAAGAUAUUCAAUCAAAUACCACCUGUUCUCAUAAAUUCUAUGUGCCAGCUGUUGAUUGACAUGACACGCAACAAAGUAUUUCACGAGAAUCAACUAUGCAUAGCGGUUUUAUCACGCGGUAUCGUUUCUCUAAGAAUUAUGGAGAGCUGGAGGCAUUAUUAUGACAUCGUCUACAAAAUAUCAUCGCUUACUGGUGCAUGGCCGUAUAUGAAGCCGGGAGCAAGGAUAUUUCGCGUUGCUCUACUUACCACAACCAUGCUGACUAUAGUCGUUCCGCAGAUAGCGUAUCAAUUUACGUGCAAAACAGGCGUGCGAUGUAUGUUCGAGGCGAUGACAUCCUACCUGCUGACAUUUGUGGCUUUACUAAAGGUGUACACGUUUCAAUUAAAUACCCGCACGAUCAAAGGCCUUACCCAACACUUGUUCGUCGACUGGAAGGGAGUAGAAACUCCCGAAGAAUACGAGAUUAUGAAGUUAUACGCGGAAAACAGUAGACGAUUCUGUCUGGUAUAUGUGGUAUAUUGUUCAGUAGCGGUAUUUACGUUUAUGUCAAUGUCCCUUAUACCGUUCGUACUUGAUGUCGUGUGGCCCCUUAACAAAUCCCGUCCCGUAUUACCCCCGUAUCCGGGAUAUUAUUUCGUCGACACUCGGGAAUACUUCUUUAAAAUCUUCUGGCAUUCCAUCAUCGCUUGGGAAAUCAUUAUGGCCGGAAUAGUCGCCCACGAUUGCAUGUUUGUGACGUACGUCGAGCAUGUUUGCAGCAUGUUCGCCAUGGUCGGAUUCCAUUUUAAAAGUCUAUUUUAUAAUUGUGACGAAGCAAUGGAGAUUACGAAUGAUUUUAACAAUACUUAUCGCAAAAGAGUCGCGUUCUUCGUACACGCACACCGCGAGGCUUUAAAGUUCGCAGAACUUCUCGAAGAUACCUUCACUAUACCUUUCGCCAUACAAAUGUCGAUAGCGACUGUAGGUAUAAGUAUUACCUUGCUGCAGAUCACGCAGCAAGACGCCGAUAUUGUAGAAUCAAUCAGAUACGUGUUGUACGUCAUUGGUCAACUGAUUCAUUUAUUCUUUCUCAGUUUCGAAGGACAGAAGCUAAUAGAUCACAGUCUUCAGACGUGCGAUAAGAUAUACAGUAGUUCUUGGUACGAGGCGUCCAUAAGAUCGCAAAAGCUAAUCGUGCUGGUGAUGAUGAAGAGCGUACGACCGAGUUUCUUGAGCGCCGGCAAGGUUUACAUUUUCUCUCUGGAGAGCUUCACCACGGUUCUGCAAACUUCGAUGUCGUACUUUACGGUGCUCGCAUCCUUUCAGUAGCCCGCGUUGUUCACGCGCAUCCGACGAUAUUCCGCGAUGGCACUCGUCGAGAGAGAGCAAUACUAUGUGUCUUUAAUACUAUUACGAUUAUACAUUUUUAUUAAGUAUUCUCCACUAUCUUUCAUUUCCCCAUUAAAAUUAUACAUUCCAGUUAAUUGUAUAUUUUUUGAACUUACAUGAAUAAUAUAUGCGUAAAAAGACGAUCGUACAUCGAUUUUGUUAAUUUUUUCGGCGCCGCAAACUGAUGCCACUGUUUCCGGAAUAUAAAGGUCUUAAAUUAUUCAUCGUCUGCGCGGUAACGAUUGGGAGAAGUUGGAAGACGCGAAGGAAUAUGAAAUUAUGAAAACAUAUGUCGCAAAUGCGAGACUAUUGCCUUUAUGUUUUCCAGUAAGGAAAUCGUUGAAAGAUAAAUCACACGAUUUUUAAUUUAAUGAACGACGGACGAUUUUAUUUCGUUUGGUUACAGUGGUGUUAAUCAGUUAUCGUUAUAUUCUUAUCAUAUCAGCUUGCCUCCUACCUCACGUAACUGAACGUCGUAUUACCUGUCAACGAGUCCCGGCCUAUAAUUAUGCCUUACGAGGGAUACUAUUUCGUGGACAACGAAGAAUAUUUCUUCUACAUUACGACUGAUCGAGAGAGUGGAAUUGUCGUCUAAAUGUUCGCAGAUUUCGUCUCGAGAGUCGAGACUAUCGCGUAAUGAUCGCAACGAUGCAGCGAAUAUAUGACGGUCUGGACGACUGGAAAACCUACAAUCGAAAAAUCGCGAUCCCCGUUCAUGCACAUUGGCGAGCUUUUGUAUAGAAAAGAAAGAAAAACAAGAAAUUGUCGUAAGUUUAAUUGCCGCAGGUUUGCGAGGCUUGUUGGAGAUACUUUUUGCAUUACCUUUGCCGUGCAAAUGAUAAUAGUUGUCACCUCUUCUAAGCUAGCAGGACCAAAUCGGCAGAAUCAAACCGGACCUAUCAGAAUAUUUAGUACGCAUUUUGUACUGAUUUGUACCACUAAUAACAAUUUUGUAUCCCGUGCCAUUUCGGAGAAAAUCGUGGCGGUGCUACCUUAGC